GACGAGGGAUCGAUCUCGCUGCAUAUUUUUUCUGGGACGCACAUCAGUGAUAUUUUUAUCCUCAAAACGUUCAUUGGACGGCGUAAAAGUAUAAUUGAAAGUGAGGAGAGUAGUGAUGAAGUAAAUUUCAUCGAGUUCAGACUCGGAUAUUCAAAAAUGACCUCUGUUGAUUCAGUGGACAAUAACCAUUGGAACGAAUUCGUUAACAGGCAACAGUCAUUUCCGUUCACCGGAAAAAGUGGGCUUCUGAUGGAUUUAACGUCUGACAUUAGCGCAAGUGAAGUGCUUUCGUUAUUCUUAGAUGAACAAGACGAACUUUGUCGACUUUUAUACGAGCUAUAAAUUAGCACUCAAAUUUUUAAAUUUUAAGACACAUGUCGUUGGAACGGUACGGUACAACAAAAAAUUUAUGUCAAAUUUUAUAAUGUCGUAUCCAUUGAAGAGAGGUGAGAUGAUAGCACGAGAAGAUGCCAACGGUAUUAUGGUGCUCAAA